AUGGCCAAGCUCUUUGGUGUAGCAGUCUCUGCAUUACUGUUUGUCAUCCUACUGCUUGGCUUGGCUUACUCUCUGGCAGAAACACACGCCCUAAUAACAGAAAGCAAGGAAGCGAAUGUAGCAGUUACCAGUGAAUAUGGGUGUAGGAAAAUCAAGUGCCAUUGGGACAAGCAGCGGUCUUCCCGAAUUUUGAGUGCCGGUCGGGAUGAGGAUGAUCCGAGAGAAACUCCAUCUACUGGUGGAGCACCUUAUGGCCCACGUCCCUAG